AUGAGCCGGCAGCUGGGCCUGAAGUCUGGUGGUGAGAAGAGUGACUUUAGUGGAUACUCUGCAAUUUUGCCACGGAAAGUAGGGGGCAGUUCGUCUUCCUAUCGGGCAGGGGUCAAAGGGGCUGGUAUUAGUUUUGGCAGCCGGAGCCUCUACAGCCUAGGGGCCAGUAAUCGCAUCCCUCUCAAUGUAUCUGGGGGUAUUCGAACUGGGAGUUAUGGUUUUGGGCAUGGGGCUGGGUAUGGAGGGGCCAGGGCUACCGGCUUUGCAGGGAGUAUCUUUGGCAAUGUGGCUCUGGGAUCUGUGUGCCCAUCACUGUGCCCACCCGGGGGCAUACACCAAGUGACUGUCAACAAGAGCCUCUUGGCUCCCCUAAAUGUGGAGCUGGACCCUGAGCUCCAGAAAGUGAGGACCCAGGAGCGUGAGCAGAUCAAGGCUCUCAACAAUAAGUUUGCCUCCUUCAUCGACAAGGUGAGGUUCCUAGAACAGCAGAACCAGGUGUUGGAGACCAAGUGGAACUUGCUUCAGCAACUGGACCUGAGCAAUUGUAAAAAGAACUUAGAGCCCAUCUUUGAGGGGUACAUUGGCAACCUGAGGAGGCAGCUGGAUACCUUGUCAGGGGACAAGCUGCGACUGGACUCUGAGCUGAGGAGCAUGAGGGAUUUGGUGGAGGACUUCAAGAAGAGGUAUGAGAUAGAAAUUAAUAGACGCACAGCAGCAGAGAAUGAAUUUGUUCUUCUCAAAAAGGAUGCUGACGCUGCCUAUACCAAAGUAGAGCUACAGGCCAAGGUGGAAUCUCUGGACCAGGAGAUCAAGUACCUGAAAUGCUUGUAUGAGGCGGAGACUGCCCAGAUCCAGACCCAUGCCAGUGAAACCUCCGUCAUCCUAUCCAUGAACAAUAACCGUGACCCGAACCUUGAUAGCAUCAUUGAUGAGGUCCGCAUUCAGUAUGAGGAUAUUGCUCUAAAGAGCAAGUCGGACGCUGAAAGCUUGUACCAGAGCAAGAUCCAGGAGCUACAGCUGGCUGCUGGCCAGCACGGAGAUGACCUCAAACACAUCAAGAAUGAGAUCUCAGAGCUCAACCGGCUUAUCCAGAGGCUUCGCUCUGAGAUAGGCAAUGUGAAAAAGCAGUGCUCCAACCUCGAGACGGCCAUUGCAGAUGCUGAGCAGAGGGGUGAUUGUGCUCUGAAAGAUGCCAGGGCCAAGCUGGAUGAACUGGAAGGUGCCCUUCACGGUGCCAAGGAGGAGUUGGCUCGCUUGCUCAGAGACUACCAGGAACUGAUGAGCACCAAACUUGCUCUGGAUGUGGAGAUUGCUACCUACAGGAAGCUUCUGGAGGGAGAGGAGUGCAGGAUGUCUGGAGAGAAUCCCUCCUCUGUGAGCAUCUCUGUGAUCAGUAGCGGAAGCGGCAGUGGUUAUGGCUACAGACCCAGUUCAAUUGGUGCCAGCUAUGGCAGUGGCAUUAGGUCAAGCACCUCUAGCAGUGCCCGAAGCAUUGAAACCAAGACCACAGGGGAAGGAGUGGGUGACCUCAAGAAAUCCCUGACCAAGACCUCCUCAGCUAGCUCCCCAGCCAAGAAAACUACCCAAUAA